GACAAAUUCUGUUUUACUUUUCAGUUUCCUGGGGUGCUGUAAGAGGAGAUAACUAGAAGUAACAAAGAUGAAGCCAAUUCUUCCCAAGACGGUAAUAAGUGGAAAUGGACUGUCACAAGUAUGCAGUGUUUUAGCAGCCCCAGGAACCACAAUAAUUUUAGCUCCACCAAUAGUCCGAGGAGGCUUUGGAGAACACCCCCAGAGCAUUGCAUUGCCAUCUUCCAGUAUUGCUCUCCAGAAUUUACCACAGCCAACUCCUGUCAUACUUCCUUUAGCAACCACAAAACUUACCUCUUGCCCUACUUUGGUAUCAAAAACUAUUUGUGGAGCACAGCAGACACUGCCAAGUGGAAAGUCAGAUCAAGCAAGGACUAGUUUUCUGAAAGAGAGGGUAAAGGAAGGGAUGGGACUGAAGAGAUCAAAUGUGAAAAAUAUCCUUCCCAAAGGCUCUCAAGUAGAUGCACAGACUUUGAUAAUAAUUAGUCCUCCGGCACCUACUUUCUUGUCUAGCACACCAUCGCCCGUAAUCUCACAAUCAUCUUCAUUAAUUCCCAAAGAUGCUUUAAAAACUGGUAGUGACAAAAAGUGUAAAAUUAUUUUACAAAAAAAUGCAAAUUAUGUUGUUAGUGGUAAUAAUGUUCAGCGGAAAAUAUGUGAGAAAAAGAGUAUAAAUCCAAAAAAUGGAAGUGAUACUAGUGGUAUUGUAACAGAUGUUAAGAGAAGGAAAAGGAAAGCACCUGCUAAAGGUGAUAGGAAAAUAAGAGGCAAAAGAGACAGUUCCUGUUACAGGAUUGUGGAUGGUACUGGAACAGAAGAUACCAGUAGUAGUUUUCAUGAUAUUUGUCUUGAUGAAAAAACUGGCUCCUUUCAGAGUACACAAAGACCCUCAAAGGGCAUUGUAUUACAGCCUAAUGAGCUUUACCCUUCAGAGCAAGAUAUUCCUCACCAUCCACCUCCACCUUACCCUAGUUUAUUAAGUGAACAUUCCAGUGCACCUUCUGAAGUCAAAGUUAAACAGACUGAUGAAGAAAAAGUGUGUUUUAUAAAUAAGCUCUCUAGUGAAAGUUCUCCCUCGUUAAAGACCCAGCAAACUGUGAAAGAAAGAGAUCCUUCCACCCCACCUCAGUUUACUAACUUUUUUGAACCAGAUAAUUAUCAAACAUGCAACCCACCAGUGCCUUCAAAAUCAUAUACAGGCUCUACAAAAUUGGAGUGUUCUGUUUAUACUUCAAAUUCUGUUUCUAAUCACUCAAGUACUUUGUCUCAAAGUUAUACUAUUGAGAAUGGGAGUCAUUCUCCUACUGAUUCUUCUAAAUGUUGUUCCUAUGUUAAAACAUCUGAGUGUUCCCUGUCUCCAUUUAAACCAGCCUCUGUUAGUUCCAGUUUUUCGAGGUCUGUCACUCCAACAUUGGAUCCCCCCUCAUAUUCUUCACCUCAUUCAGUAAAGUAUCAGACACCACUUUCAUCAGCUCAUCUGCCUUCCUCUUACUCAGGAAAUUAUUGCACUUCAUCUGUCUAUUCACAGUCCCUUGCAUCGACUCAUUCUCAAAACAUUCAACCACAUAGCUCUGUCACUGGUUUUACUACUUCAACAAAUACUCAUGUCCAGCUGUCUUCACCUUCUCCCCAUAGUGAGAUGCAAAAUGCAGUAAGAAAGCUUAGCACCAGUGGAGAAGAUAUGGGACCUCCUCUUUUGUCAUCUGUCCCAUUGAUGUCUGACAGUUCAACUUCCCAGUCUUGCAGUCAGUCAAUACAGGAGUGUUCUCAUACAUAUGUUACUAAAUCAACAUCAUACCCUGUUUCACCAAGUGCAACUCCUUUGUCAUAUUCAUCACAAGGUUCAUAUCAUGUAGCCUCUCAACAGGCUUCACCUUACUCUAGUUCCUUAACUCCAGUAGCUCCAUUCAGUCAGUCUCCACAAAUGAACUCAUACAGCAACAUUCAUUCACCUCAGCCCAGCUCAUAUACUGCACCGUCACACUCCUCUCUCUAUGAUGUUUCUCCACAAGCAUCUAUAUACACACAGUCUCCACAGCAAAACUUUUAUAGUCCUCCACAACCAUCAUCAUCAUAUUCCCAUUCACACCAACCAAUAUAUCCUUCCCCACAGGCAGUGACCCCUUCAGUUUCAACACCACAUUCUGGGGUUAGCUUACAGAAUCCUCAGUCUUUACGGCACCAUUUUCCAAAUCCCCAAGGAUACAGUGACUCACCACAUCAGCCUGGCUAUUGUCAGUCACCUAACAGUACACCAGUUAUUUCACGGCAAGCUGGCAGUGACUAUGAAAAGGAUUGUCAGUCACCACUUCUUCCUCCAUAUUCAUUUCCACAUAUGUCAUCCUCAUCUCAGUAUGCAUCCACAAAUGCUAACAUGUAUGCUGAUAGUUCUGACCACCAUUCAAGUACAGAAUCACAGCAUGUAGUGGUGGGUAAAAGUUUAACUCCAGAGCAACAUCCUUGUGAUGGUGACAAAUUUAGUUCUGUUGAUUUAUCUGCAGAAAGGUCUUUAAGUCCUCCAUCAUACGAGGCACAUUUUCAAAAUGCACUGUCUUUUUCAGCAGCUAGUCAUUCAUCAUCAAGCUCCCAUAACCAUUUACAUUCCCAGCAGCCUUCAACUCCAGAGGAUUAUUCUUUAUAUCAUCAUACUUCUAGAUAUGAUGGACAGAAUCUUCCAAAUAUUUUAGUAGAUCACAAAAGCAACAUGGGAGCUCCCCCGGCAUAUCCCACAUCCACAUCUUCAACUUUGCCCCUUCCACCAUUACGUUAUGUAUCAGAUACGCAAACAACACCUGGAACUCAUCAUCUGAAUUAUUCAUUUACUCCAGAUAUAUGUAAUGACUCCCAAGACUAUAGUCCUUUAGAACACACUGGAAGUUUUUUUCCAAACACUCCUCCCAUGUUACCUUUACCAGCUGCCCCACCACCUAUGGAAAAUCAGUUUAAUCUUCCAAGUGCAAGUACUUCUCAGGGUCACAGUAACACACAGAGUGCCUCAUAUUCAACUUCCUUCGCAAGUGCCACAUAUUAUAAGGAGCAAGAAUCUCAUGGAAAUCGACCUUAUAAAACAACUGAUCAGCAAGACUUGCCUGAGCACCACACCUUUGGGUUGGAUUCAAACAUAGACAGUUGGAAAGGUGGUAAUGGUGAAAAUUCCAAGGUACAUGACUUAAUCGAGAAAGCUGAAAAGUUAUGGUUUAUACCUCAUCAGGAGCAAAAUAAAGUGUAUAUGAAGAGGAAGGAGCUAGCAAAAGAUAUUCUUAAUCAUUCAGUAUCUAAAUCAAGUCGAGAUACAUUACUGAAGGAAAAAUUCUGGAUUGAGGAGGAUGAACCAAUAUCUGAGGAGAUUACAAACUCGUCACACAGUAAUUAUUUUACUGAGGAGCAUCAUCUCACUGACAAGGUGUUGAGCCAGUUUGAAACACCUAACACCCAAGUACCAGAAGGGGAUAUUUCUUCCUGCAGUGGCAAACCCAAACUAAAGAAAAACAUGGAUAUGUUAUGCCAGAUCUGUGGGAAGAUGUUAAAGGGUCGUAACAGUCUUAAGUCUCACUUGAAAAGCCAUCAUAAUAUUCAACCCCAUGCUUGCCCUUACUGCUCCAAGAGUUUCUCAAGUCGCAGUAUUCUAGUACAACACCUAUGGAUUCAUACAGGAGAGAAACCAUAUGUAUGUGCUGUUUGUGAUAGACCUUUCCGCACAAGAGCAGGACUUACAAGGCACAAGAGCAUGCACUCAGAUGCCAGGCCUUUUGAGUGUUCUAUGUGCACAAAAGCUUUCAAAACAAAAAUAGUAUUACAGCAGCAUUUAAAGCUACAUUUGACGGGUUUGUUCACAUGUCCAGUUUGUAACAAAACUUUUGAAAGACACAAAUCAUAUGUGAUACACAAGGCAUCACAUCACCAUAACACGAAAAGGUAUCAUUGCACACAUUGUUUAAAGGGUUAUCGUUUCCUUAGUCUUCUGAAUCACCACAUGCAGAUUCAUGUGAAUGUUCGUAAGCACGUCUGUUCAAUUUGCAGCAAAGGUUUUGUAUGGCGAAGUGGAUUGGCAGCCCACAUGAAAACACAUUCAGCAUCACGCCCCAAAUGUGAUAUAUGUGGUGCCCGUUUCCUUUCAGAGAAACGUUUGGAAACACACUAUAGGAGGCAUAGUAAUAAAAAACCUCAUUGCUGUGAUGAAUGUGGUCAUAGUUUUGCUCAUGCUUACAGGCUUGCAGCACAUAAAGUAGUUCAUCAAAGAAAUAAGGAGUUGCCUUGUUCAAAAUGUAGUCUUGUUUUCAGUUCAAUGAAAAAACUGAAGAAACAUUUAGCUACCCAUAAAAAAGACGGAGUAAUAGUUAACCAACCUGAUCCAGUAACUUCCUAAGUUGUUAUGUCUUGUGGCUAGAGCAGCUAUAUUUUCCUCAAGAGCAUUUAUCAAUUAGUGGAAAAGUUAAAAACUAUGCAAGUUGUGAUAUUUUAGUGCUUUCAUAUUAACAGGUAUGGCUUCUUCUCUUAAGUGUAUUUUUCAUAGGUUUCAAUAGACGCUAGUAAUUCAAACUACAGUACAGUGGUAUAUAUUCUUUUAUUCAGUAAUAUAUAUACUGUACAUACUAGGUCCUGGAAAAUUUAGUAUUAGUCGAUCCAAGUUUGAUACUGUCUACAAUUUUUUUUUUUUGCUUUAAGUAGUCUACUUUUGUUUAUAUUUUAUAACCUAAGUAAUUGGAAUUAGAUGUUGUCUACAUCAAGUAAUCCAGCCUUGAUUACAUUUAAUAAUUUGAUAGGUAUUACCUGUUUUUGGCCUUAGGUAAACGAGUUUGGUUUUAUUUCAUAACUUGUUUGGAGUUAGUUACACACAAUACAAAGAUUAGAAUUAUUUGCUAAAUUUCCAGAAUUCAUAUUUAUUUCAAAUGUUAUAUUUCCUUCAGUUAAGCUAUUUCUUAAGGGGCAACAUAAUUAUGUUCUGUUACAGUCUGUACCAUUUUUACUGUCAGUGAUGUUUUGGAGGCUUUUUGGAAAUACAGUUUUCCAGUGUGUUAUAAAUCACCACCACCAACAAAACAUUUUGAUAGUUGAAAUUACCACCAAAGAAAAAAAAUACUUUUCCAUAACAAUAAGAAAUGUAAAUGCUACUUUAUUACAAUUACUGUAUUCACUGCUGAAAGAUAUCAGAAUUCCAGUGUACAGUAAUAACCUUUCACACAAGAAUUUGCUGUAAGUACCGUUGGUUAGAUAUCCCUCCUCAUACAUACUUGCUAGGGUACCAGUUUUCCCUCAAUUUUUAGUAAUGUGAAAAAAACUUUUGUCUAGGGUUUUAUGAUGCAGAGUAUGUGCUCAGUGACGACACGAUAUUAUUUUUGAUUGAUUGGACACUGUUUCAAAGGUGACAGUUAUUUUUAUGUGCUGUGUGAACAGCGUAAUGUUUUCACUACAGAUACAUUGUUGAUCACUUCAUAUUCGUAGCAUUUUUGUGAACAUUUCUGUGGGAUGUAGUUGCUUCUUAUAUUUACAAUGUUAAUUUGGCAUUGACCCCUACAAUAUAUUACCCUCUUAUUUUCUCCUAAUGUUAUACGACCUGGGACACAGCAAUGUUAGGUGAGAAUUGAGAAAUCAAUGGAAGAAUUUACCAGGAGGUGCCCUUACACACAUCAGACAAUUAUGGCGAGGUGCUUGUGAAUUUAUGGGGACUGCAAACUGAUGGUUUAUAGAUACCAUUAAGAUGGGCGUAGCAAAUUUAAACAUUCAAUAGGAGUAUGGCACACUUUCAUUAGAAAGUAAUCACAGUGGCAUUGUCCUACAUAACAGCAAGAUCAGGGCUCAAGUGAGAGAAGCUUUGUUGUAUCUCAGUGGGUGUACAUGGUGCUUAACACUUAUGAGGAAUGACGAACAGUACAAUCCACGAGUUUUUCCUUUUAAUUUUACCUGUUACGUAUUACUGUACCCAGACUCCCUAAUUUAGUAUUUGAAAUGUACAGGAAAGUUUUCUGUGGUUCUUAGGGGACACUCCCACUGUCUCUUUUCAAACUUGGAGUUUCUAAAGGUCUUUUUGUGUAAUCGCCAGGUGACAUAAAUAUGGAUCAGCCCACAUCUCUCAAAGGUUACAUAUUUUUCAUUUAUUAUACCUUUUGGUGAGCAAUACUUAUGAUACCUGUUCCAGAGACACUGAAAGUUUCAAAGAUCAUUCAAGGUUACUGAUUCUCAAAGUAGACUAUCAAUAGCAGACGAAAUACUGAGGAGCUAUAGCGUGCCACUCUCAAAUAGCAACUGUGCAUGAGUAACUUUAGACAAAAAGGAUUGUGCAUUGUAGGGACAGCACAUUAAAUAUAAAGCCAUUGUAAAGACAAAUUUAGAAUAAUUUUGAUUCCUUCUGGCCCUUCCUAUUGGUUUCUUACCAGCAGCUGGUUCUGCUAACCUAACCUAAGCAAAUGGCAACAAAUAUUAGGUUUACUUUAAUAAAACGAAACUCAUCAGUUCUUGGCUAACACCACCUAGCUACAGGUAGUAUAACCAAGGCAAAAUAUUGGGUUUGUAUUUAUGGGCCUGUAAAAUUAUUAUUUUUUUUAUGUUCAGUUCUUAAUAUCAGUUUUAAGACUUGAUUCAACACUUCUAUUAAUUUGCUAUUUGGGUGAUAUUUUGUUGUGACGUGGAUGUGAGAAUGUUAUGGAAAAUUGAUAAAGGUAAAUACUUAUAAAAAUGGUUUUAUGUUGUUGAAAUGUUAUUUAUAUUCAGAUAUCUAUUCUUAAUGUUUUUUAAGUUAAGUAUAUCUUAGUUUAACCAGACCACUGAGCUCAUUAACAGCUCUCCUAGGGCUGGCCCGAAGGAUUAGAUAUUUUUAUGUGGCUAGGAACCAACUGGUUACCUAGCAACCUUACUUGCAGAUUAUUGUGGGAUCCAAACCACAUUAUAUUGAGAAAUUAGUCUCUAAUCACCAGAAACAAAUUUCUCUGACUCCACGUUGUCUGAGCGAGGAAUCGAACUCGGGAUUACCGAAUUGGUAGGCGAGCAUGUAAACCACUCGUCCAAUGAGGAACUUUAAUGUGUUGGAAGGCGCAUUGGUAAUUUUGUUUCAUUAACAAGCCUAUUCUUGUCACAUGCAAAUUCUAGAGGUGUCACUCCAGUUGUAUGAGAAAAAAAUAUCCAUUGGCUCAAGAAGGCUGGUUCAUGUGCCUACCCUUGGAUCUUUGGUAGUUAGCUGAAUUAUUCUAAGUGUGCCAGUCAGUAGAGUAAGUCUCAUAGAUUCCCAUUAAAGUCAUCUCUUGUGGAUACCAAAAUUGUGGUUACAAAACAUAUUUUUCCUUUAAGAUUAUAUAGGAAACCAGUGUAAUGAUAUAGGUAAAGUAUUUUUUCAGCACUAAAAUAUAUUCAUUAAACAUAAACAUUCAACUUAACAGCAGUGAUCAAGGAGAAGGCAGUAACAGGACUAGUCUAGUAAGUUUGUGGGUGGAAGAGGAGGAGGAAGAGACUGCAGUGGUGGCAGUCUCGUGGCCAACAAACACAUGAACAAUUAGAGGUGACUGUACUCCAUUUCUUUUUCAAUAUUUUCUCCAAUUUUACUCUUCAUUGUCUUAUUGCCUGAUGUCCUUCUGGUGAGGUAGCAUUAAUCAACGUUGAGAUUUUCAGUGAAUUGCUAUUGAGUUUUAUGAACUUCCGUGCUGUUUACUUAUCCCCUAGUGUUUCUGUACUUGUCCUUGCCUAGGAGCUGCCUUGCUCUUUCUGUUCUUAUUAGCAGUACAGUUGUGCACCCACUAAGUUGCGACUAAUGGUUUGUCAAAAGUGGGCGAUAUAUGAUGUAACUUUUUUUUUUUUUUAGUACAGUUUUUUUCAACACAACACAACCCAUGGCUCUGUCACAGUUCAACCAGACAGUUAAUCACUAGUGAUUUAAGGGAUUAUAGGUAUUUACACUAACCUAGUUGAGUGACCAGAUCUUUCAACUCAUAAAAAAGUGGAGUUAUAUCUUGGAUUUGUGUGAGAAGUAUAAAUAGGCUUUGUUAAAGCACUGUAAUAUGUUUAUAUAGAAAAUGAGUAAUUUUGCAUUAAUAAGGAAAUUUUUUUUUGUAAAUUUGUAUAGUGAAUGAAGACACUUUUUGUUCAAUUAUAUUAAAGUUCAUGUUGGCUGGCUAAAAUAAUUUUUUGUAUUACAGAACUUAACAAUUUUGUACUUGCACUUUCUAUACAUUACGAAUAUAUAUUGUCUUCAUUAGCUUCCACUAUUAUUCUGUGAUAUUAAAUUAUAAGAUAUGUAGUAUUAUAGACAUCAAAUGGUCAUACAUUCCUAGUCAUUUUGUUACUUAUUUUUGUGAAGUACAUUGUCAAGAAAUUAUACUUGAAAAAUUG